AUGGAACGUUGGCAUAAUAAAUUGGCCGUGGUAACAGGUGCCAGUGGUGGCAUAGGAGCUGCCUGCGCUCGAGCCUUGGUAGCAACAGGAAUACGGGUAGUGGGUCUAGCACGUAGAGAAAAUAAACUUAAGGAAUUGCAAAUGUCACUGCCAGAUAAACAAAAAUCAUUAUUUAUACCACGUAAAUGUGAUGUCUCCAAAGAAGAUCAAGUAAUAAAAGCCUUUGAAUGGACGGAAAAAGAACUGGGUGGAGCUGAUAUAUUGCUAAAUAAUGCUGGUAUAACCAGAGAAACUGAGCUGGUGGCACUGGGUAAUACGGCGAAAAUACAAGAUGUUAUUAACACAAAUGUUAUGGGUGUGUUGUGGUGUACCCGGGAAGCUUUUCAGCGUAUGCAUAAACGAGGAAAUGAGGGUCAUAUAUUGAUUAUUAACAGUAUUGCGGGUCAACAGGUAUUGAAUUUUAUAGAUGUUUUGCCUUCAUUUAAUAUAUAUCCGGCAACUAAAUUUGCCAUAACUGCCAUGACCGAAACCUACAGACAAGAAUUUCAAUUGUAUAAGAGUAAAGUAAGGGUAACGGGUAUCUGUCCUGGUGCUGUUAAUACAAAUAUAUUUCCAGAAGAAAUUCAUUUUUAUGUUAAGGAUAUGGCUCGUUUGGAACCUCAAAAUAUUGCUGAUGCCGUAUUGUAUGCUUUGAAGGUGCCACCAAAUGUUCAGAUACAUGAUAUUACCCUCAAACCCAUGGGAGAAAUAUUUUAA